CCUCGGUCUGCAGACCAAAAAUCCGGAAACGAGUUCCUUUCUCUCUGGCGAAGAUAUAAAAAACCCUCCAAAACCUUCUUUGCCUGGCGACUCUUUGUUCUAUAUCUGGGGACAGCAGACAUACGAGCAGAGAGGACCGAGCUCCAUCUUGGUGUUGCAGAAGGAGGAGGUGUUGGUAAGAGGAAGAGGAAACUUGGAUAGUGGGUGUGGUGGUGGUCUAAGAAGGAGAUGAAUGCAAAGGGAUGAUAGAGAGUGAUGCACAAGCUGUGGAGCAGGAGUCCUCCUCCCUUCUUCCCGGUCUCCUCCGCCUUGGGAAGCACCCGCCACCUCUUCGGCUUCCUUGCCAUGCCUGCCCUCCCCCGCCCCCACCACCCACUCCCCGCCGCUAAGCCCCUCCGCCGCUACCCUCGGAACCCUCUCUCCAUUCCCCCUUCUUCGCACCACCCCAGGCAACAGCCCUCCUGCGGCUGCCGUGCCGUCUACCACAAUGGCGUGGCUGCCAGGGUUUGGGUGGUUUAUAAGGAAGGGACCGGGGUCGCCGGCGCCGCCUGGCUGCACGGCCGGCCGGCCGGACCUUGCGCCGCGUCCUCGAAGGAAGAGGCUUUGAGUGGCGCGGGGAAGGAAACGGAGUUUGAGGAAGUGGCGGGAGCAGCUGAGGAGGAGAAAGCGAAUGAGGGGGUCGCGGGUGGUCGGCAGCAGAAGCGCUUGUAUAAGGAGAGACGGCAAAGGAGCUCUUCUUCUUCAUCCGCUUCUUCGCCGUCCUUGUGCCCGCCGGGUCCGGCUUGUGCGGGACUUGCUGGUCUUCAGGGGAGUGCCGACCUUUUGACUAUUCCCGGCGUCGGCCCCCGUAAUCUGAGGAAGCUUGUUGACAAUGGCAUCGAAGGAGUUGCAGAUCUUAAGCAACUGUACAGAGACAAGUUCUUUGGAGAAUCCAGUCAGAAGAUGGUUGAAUAUUUACAGAGCUCUGUAGGGAUCAUUCACAAAAACCAUGCCGAAAGCAUAACCUCCUUUAUAAAGGAUAGUGUCGAUGAAGAGCUUAAAGAGGCAAGCUCCGAGUCUGACAAGCAUUCUUCUCAGAAAAAGAGGAUUACGUUCUGUGUGGAGGGGAAUAUAAGUGUUGGGAAGACAACUUUCCUUCAAAGAAUAGCCAAUGAAACACUUGAAUUGCGUGACCUUGUGGAAGUGGUUCCUGAGCCUAUUUCAAAGUGGCAGGAUAUUGGACCCGAUCAUUUCAAUAUACUAGAUGCAUUCUAUGCAGAACCCCAGAGAUAUGCCUAUACUUUCCAGAAUUAUGUUUUCGUGACAAGGGUGAUGCAAGAACGGGAAUCUGCUGGUGGAAUUAAGCCACUGCGUCUGAUGGAAAGAAGUGUUUUUAGUGAUCGAAUGGUUUUCGUUCGUGCUGUGCAUGAAGCUAACUGGAUGAAUGAGAUGGAAAUCAGCAUCUAUGAUUCAUGGUUUGAUCCAGUUGUUUCCUGUCUUCCUGGGCUUAUUCCUGACGGUUUCAUAUAUCUAAGAGCCAGUCCUGAUACCUGCCAUAAGCGGAUGUUGCUGAGGAAGAGGACAGAAGAAGGUGGUGUUUCACUGGAUUAUCUCCGUGACUUGCAUGAAAAGCACGAGAGCUGGUUGUUUCCUUUCAAGAGCGGAAAUCAUGGAGUAAUAUCAGUUAGUCAGUUACCUCUCCAUGUGGACAGCUCCCUUCAUCCUGAUAUAAGAGAUCGUGUGUUUUAUUUGGAAGGGAACCAUAUGCAUUCUAGUAUCCAAAAGGUGCCAGCUCUGGUUCUAGAUUGUGAACCCAACAUUGAUUUCAACAAAGACAUUGAAGCAAAGGAAAGAUAUGCUGGCCAAGUUGCCAAAUUCUUCGAGUUUGUCAAGAAAAAGAAAGAAAUGCCGUCCACUAAGCCCGAUGAAGGCAAAAGCUCUUGUAAGCAGCGGAUAGUUCUACCUCAUCAAGGAGGUUUCUGGACUCCAGAUAAAAGGCUUUUCCCGUCUUCAUCACUGCAACAGUUCGAUUUCAAGCGGGCAAUGUCAUCAUUCCUGUCGAGUUAGCUGCAUACGAGUCUUCUCCUAUUUGCCAGUGCCGUCUUUUUUGCUUUUCGCGAUCUUCCAGUUUGUGGCUGUAUACAACACAUACUGAUACUCUAGUUCAGUCUUGCGGUAUUGUUUGAAGCCUGUGGCAUGUGUAAAAUCGUAUCUGUGUUGCAGUGGAAAUUUGCUACGUGUUCCAUCGUCUA